CUCUUCUGUGGCACAGUGGUGGGCAUAACUUGUGCAGCUGUCUGUGUGCUGCAUGACUACUUAAUGCAGAUGGUGUACUUUUCCCUCUCAGAAAGUCGUUAGUUAUUUUUCUUGCAGUGAGAAAGCGGAGAUGAAUCAGUUGAAAGAAUACUGCAGUGCGUAAAAGUUGUGGAUGGUUACUUUUGCGCAUACACAUGUAAAGGACUAUUUCUUCUCCAAAAGUUCCCAUACAAAACAAAAGCAGGUGAAAUUCUUCCCUCUGCAAACAUAUCGCCCACAAGCAGGCUGGAAGACCAUUCACUCCGGAGAACACAGCGAGUCCGCAGAGCGCAGAUGAUCGCAACUGGUGUUUGUGGUGUCGCGCUGGUGCUGGUGCUGGUGGUUCUGAUCCCGGUCAUGGUGAACACCGCCGGUACUCCUGCCCGCUACGAGAUGCUCGGGUCCUGCCAAAUGGUGUGCGACUCCCACGGUACCGCGGCCACGGCUACGUCCAAGGCAACCAACCCAAUUAAAGACAACCGUCUGGUGCAGUCGCUUCCGACGUUCAUCCAAGGUCCUCAAGGAGAGCCGGGACGCGUCGGCAGAAUGGGUCCGAGAGGUCCGGUUGGCGAGCCCGGGCCAGCUGGACCUGCUGGUCCGCCCGGAGAGAGAGGGGCACCGGGUCCACCCGGAGCACCUGGAGCAAAUGGGCCUAACGGUGCCAUCAGCGCUGCCACUUACAACACGAUCCCAAGGAUUGCGUUUUAUGCAGGACUGAAGAAGCAGCAUGAGGGAUACGAAGUGUUGAAAUUCGACGACGUAGUCACAAAUCUGGGCAAUCACUAUGACCCUUCUUCAGGGAAAUUCACCUGCUCAAUACCUGGGAUUUACUUCUUUGUUUACCAUGUGCUGAUGCGAGGCGGAGAUGGAACCAGCAUGUGGGCUGACCUCUGUAAAAACAACCAGGUGAGAGCCAGUGCCAUCGCCCAAGACGCCGACCAGAACUACGACUACGCCAGCAACAGUGUUGUCCUGCACCUCGAGCCCGGGGACGAGAUUUACAUCAAGCUGGACGGUGGAAAGGCGCACGGGGGCAACAACAACAAGUACAGCACCUUCUCCGGCUUCAUGUUGUAUACGGAUUAAUAAACUGAAAAGAUCCGCUGAGGGGAUCUGCGUAUAGCUUGCUUCACUGCUCAUCAAUGUCAGUUGGAUUAUUAGAGGCACAGCUCACCAUUUCCAUAUUGCAAGAGUCCACAAAGAUGUAGAACUGUACUUUGCAAAAGCAAAGAGCUUACAAUGUAAUUACAGAAAAGUAAUAAUGCAUUUUAAAGUGUACAGCUUUGAAUUAUACCCUUGUCAGAUUGAUUAGUGUAGCUAUUGCACCCUUGAGGAACUGUUUAGCUUUACAAAUGUCCACAAAACUGUACAUGCUGCUGUGGUAACACAUACUGAGCGAGUGUAAACUGGAAGUUCAAUGUAUUGACCUCCGGUGCUUAAUUAAAUGCUAAAAUGAUAGGAUACUGGCAUUAUCACCACUCUGUUCAUAGUGUUAUUAAUCCAUGUGUGCUUUCUUUUUCAAAACUAUUUGAUAGUUGUUGCAUUUUGAUGGAAAAUGCUUAACAGCCGUAGUGAUGCAUGAUAAUAAAUAUGACAAUUUAACACUGUGCAGCAUCAAAACACUUAAAAGAAUGUGUAAAAGGCCAUUCUGAUGUUCAUAUUGAAGCACAGUCACAAAUGAUCAUUGUAAUUUAUUUAUUUUCUCGCAAUAUGACAGCAGGUUGGGGCAACAGGGUGGUCUGGUGGUUAGUCACCACCGCAAAACUGGACAGUCACACUGACAUAAUAAAUGUUUCCUCGACAUGCAUCAAUCUGCCUGCUGAUUGUGAAGACUGUCAGCUAAUGUGUAAAAUA